AAAUAAAAGCGAUGGCGAUUGGACUGCCGCGUUUGGCGCUCGGUCCGGUCGCGUCCGACACCCGGUGGGACACAGAAGGCAGUGGAGCCCCGGCGGCGGCGGCGCGCGGGGGCGACGCGCGGGAACAGCGCGAGCCGGCGCGCGGGACGAAGAAUAAUCAUGGGCCAGACUGGGAAGAGAUCUGAGAAGGGACCAGUUUGUUGGCGGAAGCGUGUAAAAUCAGAGUACAUGCGACUGAGACAGCUCAAGAGGUUCAGACGAGCUGAUGAAGUAAAGAGUAUGUUUAGUUCCAAUCGUCAGAAAAUUUUGGAAAGAACGGAAAUCUUAAACCAAGAAUGGAAACAGCGAAGGAUACAGCCUGUGCACAUCCUGACUUCUGUGAGCUCAUUGCGCGGGACUAGGGAGGCCAUUCACCUGCUCUUCCCUCUACGAUUUUCCAUAACACAGUUUUUACUUGGAACCAGCCUUCUGCCAAGAGUCUCAGUUUGGUUGUGUACUCCUACAACUACUAUUUUUGGCUUGACUUCCCUCUCCAGCUCCCAGUGGUCCAGCCACACAGUCGCCUAUUGUACCAGCUGGUUGAUUGUUCGGUGACCAGUGACUUGGAUUUUCCAACACAAGUCAUCCCAUUAAAGACUCUGAAUGCAGUUGCUUCAGUACCCAUAAUGUAUUCUUGGUCUCCCCUACAGCAGAAUUUUAUGGUGGAAGAUGAAACUGUUUUACAUAACAUUCCUUAUAUGGGAGAUGAAGUUUUAGACCAGGAUGGUACUUUCAUUGAAGAACUAAUAAAAAAUUAUGAUGGAAAAGUACAUGGGGAUAGAGAAUGUGGGUUUAUAAAUGAUGAAAUUUUUGUGGAGUUGGUGAAUGCCCUUGGUCAAUAUAAUGAUGAUGACGAUGAUGAUGAUGGAGACGAUCCUGAAGAAAGAGAAGAAAAACAGAAAGAUCUGGAGGAUCACCGAGACGAUAAAGAAAGCCGCCCACCUCGGAAAUUUCCUUCUGAUAAAAUUUUUGAAGCCAUUUCCUCAAUGUUUCCAGAUAAAGGCACAGCAGAAGAACUAAAGGAAAAAUAUAAAGAACUCACCGAACAGCAGCUCCCAGGCGCACUUCCUCCUGAAUGUACCCCCAACAUAGAUGGACCAAACGCUAAAUCUGUUCAGAGAGAGCAAAGCUUACACUCCUUUCAUACGCUUUUCUGUAGGCGAUGUUUUAAAUAUGACUGCUUCCUACAUCCUUUUCAUGCGACACCCAACACUUACAAGCGGAAGAACACAGAAGCAGCUCUAGACAACAAGCCUUGUGGACCACAGUGUUACCAGCAUUUGGAGGGAGCAAAGGAGUUCGCCGCUGCUCUCACUGCUGAGCGGAUAAAGACCCCACCAAAACGCCCAGGAGGCCGCAGAAGAGGACGGCUUCCCAAUAACAGUAGCAGGCCCAGCACCCCCACCAUUAAUGUGCUGGAAUCAAAGGAUACAGACAGUGAUAGGGAAGCAGGGACUGAAACGGGGGGAGAGAACAAUGAUAAAGAAGAAGAAGAGAAGAAAGACGAAACUUCGAGCUCCUCUGAAGCAAAUUCUCGGUGUCAAACACCAAUAAAGAUGAAGCCAAAUAUUGAACCUCCUGAGAAUGUGGAGUGGAGUGGUGCUGAAGCCUCAAUGUUUAGAGUCCUCAUUGGCACUUACUAUGACAAUUUCUGUGCCAUUGCUAGGUUAAUUGGGACCAAAACAUGUAGACAGGUGUAUGAGUUUAGAGUCAAAGAAUCUAGCAUCAUAGCUCCAGCUCCCGCUGAGGAUGUGGACACUCCUCCAAGGAAAAAGAAGAGGAAACACCGGUUGUGGGCUGCACACUGCAGAAAGAUACAGCUGAAAAAGGACGGCUCCUCUAACCAUGUUUACAACUAUCAACCCUGUGAUCAUCCACGGCAGCCUUGUGACAGUUCGUGCCCUUGUGUGAUAGCACAAAAUUUUUGUGAAAAGUUUUGUCAAUGUAGUUCAGAGUGUCAAAACCGCUUUCCGGGAUGCCGCUGCAAAGCACAGUGCAACACCAAGCAGUGCCCAUGCUACCUGGCCGUCCGAGAGUGUGACCCUGACCUCUGUCUUACUUGUGGAGCCGCUGACCAUUGGGACAGUAAAAAUGUGUCCUGCAAGAACUGCAGUAUUCAGCGGGGCUCCAAAAAGCAUCUAUUGCUGGCACCAUCUGAUGUGGCAGGCUGGGGGAUUUUUAUCAAAGAUCCUGUGCAGAAAAAUGAAUUCAUCUCAGAAUACUGUGGAGAGAUUAUUUCUCAAGAUGAAGCUGACAGAAGAGGGAAAGUAUAUGAUAAAUACAUGUGCAGCUUUCUGUUCAACUUGAACAAUGAUUUUGUGGUGGAUGCAACCCGCAAGGGUAACAAAAUUCGUUUUGCAAAUCAUUCGGUAAAUCCAAACUGCUAUGCAAAAGUUAUGAUGGUUAACGGCGAUCACAGGAUAGGUAUUUUUGCCAAGAGAGCUAUCCAGACUGGUGAAGAGCUGUUUUUUGAUUACAGAUACAGCCAGGCUGAUGCCCUGAAGUAUGUCGGCAUCGAAAGAGAAAUGGAAAUCCCUUGACAUCUGCUACCUCCUCCCCCUCCUCUCUGAAACAGCUGCCUUAGCUUCAGGAACCUCGAGUACUGUGGGCAAUUUAGAAAAAGAAAAUGCAGUUUGAAAUUCUGAAUUUGCAAAGUACUGUAAGAAUAAUUUAUAGUAAUGAGUUUAAAAAUCAACUUUUUAUUGCCUUCUCACCAGCUGCAAAGUGUUUUGUACCAGUGAAUUUUUGCAAUAAUGCAGUAUGGUACAUUUUUCAACUUUGAAUAAAGAAUACUUGAACUUGUC